AUGUCUGGACAUGCCACCAACGCGUGGCUGCGCUCGCAGCGAAAGAGCGACUUGUCCGACCUGGCGGACAGCGUGGGCAUGAGAAACUACGAGAGCCUCAAGAAGAGCGAGCUCGAGGUCGCGCUCGACGACUUCAUUGCCGAGCGCAGCGGCCGGCUUGCCCACCGCCCCGACUUGGCCCCGUACUUUAGCAGCCGCUCCAAGGCGCUGGGCUCCCCCAUCAAGAAGGAGCGGGACUCGAGGGACGAGAUGGAGCGGUCGCUCCGGGUCGGCAGGCGCCGCAUCACCAGGUCGGCCGAGGACCAGACGUCGGAGAGCGACGAGCGCGCGCCGUCCACCGCGCCGUCCACCGCCGUGACCCGCACGCCGGCCCGCCAAGCCUCGUCGUCGCAGGCCGCCGCGCGCAUCGCCCUGCCCGCCCUGCCCGCCACGCCCGCCGACGUGGCCGAGGCCAUCGACCGCUCCGCCGUCGCGGUGCGCCAGCGCGUCGCCUCCAUGUACCACGAGACGGGCAUCACCGAGGCCUCCCACGCGACGCGCGACACCCUCAGCACCGUCACCAGCAUCCUCUUCGUCGUCUCCGCCUUUGAGCUGUGGUUCAUCCGGCCCGCCAUCCUGGCCAACCGCUACGCCUGGACCGUCCCCGCCAUCCCCGCCCUCGGCACGUCCGACCGCCCCGUCUACCUGCCCGACAUGUUCCUCCUGCUCAGCCCGAGCUUCUGGUCGCCCGCGCUGACCUGGGCGCUGACCAGCGCCGUGCUGCCCACCCUCGCCGGCUACUUCUUCAACCUCAGCGCCACGAGCCGGCCGGGCCCGCCGCGGACGCGCGCCAGGACCGCCGCCGCCGCCGCCGCCCGCUCCGACACCGUGGUCGACCCGCUGACGUUUAGCAUCGCCAAGGCGCUGGCCACGUACGUCGUCUACGCCCAGGGCGUCACGUUUGGCGGCCUGCCGUCCGAGACGGCGGUUGCGCGCCUCGACGCCGCCGUCUACGGCGGCUGGCGGGGCGUCCUGGUCGGCUGCGCAAUCGUCGCCGUCACGAGCAUCUACGACGCCGUGCUGAACAAGUAG